AUGAUUGUUUCAGAAAAUCUUCAGUCUGGUGCCGUGUCAUGCAUCGAAGUGUUGCAAGCUUAUCAGUGGAAGGCGAUAAAAGCUCACGAAGCGACCAACUGUGUUGUGAUGUUUGUCAAAGAAGCGGAACAAUGGGCUUUGGAAUGGGAUAGGAAGGCUCAGGAAGAGGACUUCACGAAGCCAGCUUUUUUCGGUGUGCCGAUCAGUCUCAAAGAAUGCGUACCGCUCGAGGGUUACGACCAAACUCGAGGCUUUGUACAAGAUGUGUAUGCUCCGACGAAAAUUGAUUCCGUUCUAGUACAACAGAUUAAGCGAUUAGGUGACUGCUCAAAUCCGGUCUAUGGCACCACGAGCAACCCGUUGGACAAAGAACGCACGCCUGGUGGCUCUUCCGGUGGAGAAUCAGCGAUCAUUGCUGCUGGCGGAUCAGUAAUAGGUAUCGGUGGAGAUGUCGGUGGUUCAAUCAGAAUACCUUGCCAUUUCACCGGAAUCGCUGGAAUAAAAGUAUGGCAGUUCAAGAGUUUCAAUGGAAACGCUUUCAGCCUGUCUCAUCUGCGCUUCUCUCAUAGAGAGUGUGGUUCUGUACCAGGACGGCCACUGAUCAACUCUAACGAUGGUCCGAUGACCAUGGACAUCGAGACAACUGUUGACUUUUUGAGAGAGGUAUGGCGAGAUGACUGGACUUCGACGCAGGAUCCCUAUGUGCCGCCAGUGCUGUGGAACGAGGAACAGUACAAAGAAGGCACUACAUGCCGUAUAGGAUACUACGUUGAUGAUGGAUGGUUCACGCCCAUCCCUGCUAUACAGAGGGCAGUACUGGAGGCGAAGAGCCAUCUCGAGGCCGCUGGACAUACGUUGAUACCGUUCCAUCCACCAUGCAUUCCUCGAAUAAUGCGAUAUUUUGUCCGAGCUUGGUGCUUUUCUAUGAUUCCACUUUGGUUGCAACGUGUGCUAGCUUAUCCAACAAAGUUCUUCUUUCCACGUUUGGCUAAUAUGAUGCAUUCAAUGGCUCUGAACACUGGAGAACUUCGCGAAACCUACGCAGAUAUCGAAGACUAUCGAGGAGAUUUCGUAGUACUGAUGCAGGAAAAGAAGCUGGAUGCUCUCCUUUGCCCGCCUCAGGUGAUGACAGCGCCGAAGCAUCACGUGCCUGCUAAGUUGUUCGCGGCCUGCUGUUAUACAGCAGUUUUUAAUCUUCUUGACUUUGCAGCAGGAGUAGUCAAAGUUACGGAAGUGACGGCAGAGGAUGAUCGCAGAUUGAUUGAUGAGUAUCCUGAAACGGACCCGUGGUACAGAUUAACCAAGGAGUCUUGCAAAGUACGUUCCUUGCUACCAUAG